AUGAACGCCCAAUUCAACACUGCCUGGCUCGGCCUGGAGUGCGCGCAGAGCAUCGGCCGCAAUAACAUCCCUGUUACGUCUAGGCACUGCGGCGCUCGCGUUCAAGGUAAGUGUUCUGGCCAAGCUACGCGCGAGGGGGGUAUCGAGACUAAGGAGAUUGUAGCUGGAGAGAUGGCUUGCUGCAUCUGCGGGGGAGCCGUUCAAGAGGAACACACCGACUUCGCGCUUCGGUGGCCCAGGCUCACCACAUAUAUACGCCAGCUAUACAGGGAGAUAGGCGCGCGGCAAGGGAAGCCCGCAAACGCUCCGGCAGCAGCCAGGCCAAAUACCCAUCUCGCCGCGGCCGCUUCAGUAUUCGCCGAGGCCAUCGAGAGAGACCAGGCGGCCUUGUCAGUGAGCCGUCGCCUUUGCUCGACUCUAGAGAGGUCCCAGCGGGAACGGGCACUAAGUGACAUAAUGUCCAACGGGUACAGGCGUGGCGGGCCACGCGCGGGCGAGGUCCGCUGCAUCUUGCGGAACGCCGUGAGCGACGAGGGCAUCAUGGGCACGGCUGCCAUGGCCACGGCCAUAGCAGAAACAGAGGCAGCGUGGGAGGCGGCUGCCCACGCUGUGGCUGCAGCCGACUGCGAGGAAGGCAGACUACAGCGUGCAUCGCCGCUCACCGUAUGA